AUGGCUACCACAGCGCAUCCCUACCGUCAAAACUUGGCGACUAGCACUUUAGUAAACUACAACGUGGAUGACGUGGGAAAUAAUGAUCUGAGGCACGCAAAGCGUGAGAAGAAUGACUUGGAAACUCACGAAAUUGCGCAGGAUUACGGAAAUUCCGAACUAGAGGCAACACUGCAACCGCCUCAAAUUGUUCAACAGCACCGGAAAUCUGCGUCGUCGCCAGUUACUUCGACUACUGAUACUCCCAACUCUUCUCAAUCCAAUUUUCAGGGCUCUAGUACCAGUGUCCUCGAUUUGCGCACUGCUUCAGAAGGCCACACGUCCAGACAACAUCGCAAGAACAGAAAAUCAUUAGAUCUUUCGCAUUUGUUCCUCUUAGGUGACAAAGAUACUCAAUUUACCGCCACUAAUGAAAGCGUAGCUGACCUUUCGCAUCAGAUGAUCUCAGAGUAUCUGGGCGAAGCCCACAACUCUUCGCUCGUGCCUCGUUUGAAGACAAUCGAAAUGUACAAGCAGAAUGUCCGGAAAUCCAAAGACCCCAAUGUUUUGUUCCAAUAUGCUCAAUACAUGCUUCAAACGGCACUUACUAUUGACACCACUGGGAUGAGUGAGUCUUCAAUUUCAAUAAACAAAGAGGGCGGGACCGCCGCUCACGAAAAUAUGCGCCGCCAAUUUUUGAAGGAGGCCCAGACAUAUUUGAAAAAGCUCAGUGUGAAGGGAUACGCGGACGCUCAAUACCUUUUGGGAGACGCAUACUCGUCAGGCGCUUUUGGCAAGGUAAACAACAGGGACGCUUUUGUGCUGUUCCAAUCCGCAGCGAAGCAUGGACACGUCGAAAGUGCUUUCAGAACCGCGCAUUGUUUCGAGGAAGGACUGGGAACCACCCGCGAUUCUCGCAAAGCAGUGGAAUUUCUUAAAUUUGCCGCGAGCAGAAAUCACCCUUCGGCCAUGUACAAGCUCGGGCUGUUCUCGUUUCACGGACGUAUGGGUCUAUCCAAUGACAUAAGCACAAAACAAAACGGUAUCAAAUGGCUAUCCAGAGCUGCUGCUCGUGCCAACGAGUUAACCAACGCUGCUCCAUAUGAGCUCGCCAAGAUUUAUAGAAAUGGGUUUUUGGAUAUUAUAAUACCGGAUGUGAAAUACGCAAUGGAGCUAUACAUCCAGGCGGCUUCCCUCAAGCACGCACAAUCAUCUACUGCGUUGGGGAAAAUUUACGAAUCCGGCAACGAGGUCGUUCCUCCCGACACGAGCCUUAGCGUUCAUUAUUAUACACAAGCAGCGCUUUUAGGUGAGCCGCAUGCCAUGUUAGGAUUGUGUGCUUGGUAUCUAAUAGGGGCUGAGCCGGUUCUGGAAAAAGAUGAGCGCGAGGCUUUCCAAUGGGCUUUGAAAGCUGCAAAACUAGGGCUGUCAAAAGCUCAGUUUACGGUGGGUUAUUUCUAUGAGAAGGGUAAAGGCUGUGGAAUUGAUGCGUCCAAUGCUCGUCAUUGGUAUGAGCUUGCUGCUAAGAAUAACGAUCCACGGGCCAUCAAUAAACUCAGCGGAGAGAACGUUGCUCACGUCAAAAAACAGAAGAGCAACACGGCCCUCAAUCUAUUUGCAUCUAUAUCUUCAUCCAAUCUUUUGGACGGCGGCCGUGAGCCUUCGCCAAUUGCUCCGCAUGCUGACACGCUCAAUCAACCCUCGGUGCUGGCGCCUUUGGAUGCAAGUGGCCCAAGUGAAGGAAUUACGGGCGUCGGCGGGUCUGAGGUUCGCGCUGCAAGUGGUCCAAGUGAUGGAAACUCAAGCAUCGGCGCUUGUGAGGAUCUAGCUGCAAUUGGUGGUGGCAACGGCCCUUCAAAACAAGCGUUUACCAGUGGUACCCAAACACCUGCUGCGUUCGACUUAACCGAUAACUUGGUCCCACAGAGCUUCAGUGAAGCCGAGAAGAAGCCUCAGGGCACUAGCAGUAAGCUCACGUCUGCUCAGAAGGACAAAAAAUCACGUUCCAAGAGAAAGGAUAAGAAGUGCGUUAUUAUGUAG